CAUCUCGAGAUACUAUUGGAAGUUCACUUUGGUCAUUUGUUCUUGGACCCGAGCAUCGAACGAUAACGACAGUGGAGAGCGAAUCCAUACUUUCGGUGACCGCGUAAGGUACUGCAAUCAUCGGCUUGCCAUCUUAAUUGCAAAGCGUCCGGAGUAGACACGCCAUGGCUGAGAUACGCCAUUCGUAACAAUGUCGACACCCGUACCCGUACCAUCCAAGGCGGCAAUUCGUGCGCUCCGAGGUCUCGCUUUGGGUACCUCCUGUGCUCUCGGCUUGGUUGUUGAAGACCGAAGACGACGCAUCAGCACCCUGCGGACCGCCAUCGACAACAAGAAAAAGCUCAGAACUUCGCGGAAGUACCAUGGAGCAGCAGAAGCCGUUAGUUACGCUGGCGACGAUGCUGUCGUCUUGUCCGGGGAUGAGCUGCAUUGGCACUACCACAAUGCCAGCUCACAAAUAUCGCAGGAACCACGCAUAACCUCACUUCGCUCCUCCGUCAUCGCAGAAACGAACCGCACAAUUCGAAAUGAGGCUGCCGGCCCUCCGGCGACACCAAUUGCCCCAGACAAGAACUCCGUCGAACCUCGAACGCGAACUUCCCGCACAUCCAGCUCUCUGCUUCCACGUGUGGCUCCAACAGCUGCCCUGCCAAAGCUUCGAGAUAGCGGCGGUUGGGCUCAGACACCAGCACUCGCUUCCAGGCCAGCGCAGCGACCGAAAAUUGCAGAACUGUUUGACCUACCAAUCGCAACCAUAAACAAAAGGCUGGACGAGCCCGGUGCCCUUGCCACCUUUACCGCUGCUUUUCUUAGCGCGGGUCAGGGAAAAGGAGCUUUCAGGAGGAAGCUGGACAAGAGCUGGCUGGAUAUAUCACAGGCGCUCUGCAUCCGCUGUCAAGAAAAGGGGUUGUUACAGGAGGCCCAAGACAUUCUUGUCGCGACCGUGCGAUCUGGAGAGGUUGAUGAAGUGCGGUACUAUGCGCAUGAACCGUUUCCCAUCAUGGAAUCAAUACUGCGGACUAUCGACAUUGAUCGAGAUUCUGCAGCAAAGCGCCUUCACCUGGUGGCGCAAUUGUUCCUGGCCAAGUUCAAUGAUAAACCCAGAUUGCAUGCUGACGAGGUACUGCAUGUGGGGAAGAAUCUGAUAUCACAACUUAUCCGAUUCAACCAGAUUCAAAUCGUCCACCAGGUCUAUUGGAGGGUCUUAGGCCAGCAGGCGCAUCCGGAAGAGUUUACGGCUUGGUUUCUGCAAAGCCUCUAUGAGUACAGCGAUUACAAGUCGGUCAUUAAAUAUUUCAGGGUGAAUUUCUCCAAGAUGUCACCUGAUAUCUCUUGCUUCGAUGCGACAGUGGAACUCGUCCUUGCCUCGGUCGAGGCCAUGCGAGGAGCGCACGCUGAACAGGUUGCGCGUGCUUUGUCCAAGCUAUGUAGCACUACUGGGUUACAACCACAAACGAGCUGGUUGAGCCAACUUUUGCAGAGUCAUUGGAGCCGCCACAAGGACCUUGAAAUGUCUCAGUGCUUCUUUGAUGAAUUCGUGUCGUCCGGCCUGAUGGACCAGAUCGACGAUCGAGAGGAGGUCUAUCAGAUCAUGGUGAAGCUCGCAGUUCUCGCCGAAGACAAGCAAGUCGCUCAGCGCUACUACCAAGAAACGAUAUCGCUCGCUCCGCGCAUGGUGAACAAUGUCUGGCUGAAUGGAUAUAUGACUCUUAUGAAAGCCAAGGACAACGCCUGGGAUGAUGUCUUCACAGACUUUUCGAAUAUGAAGAGGUACAGUAAGUCCCAAAUGGAAGCCUAUGACCAGACUUUUGUUGCUGUACUGAAGGUGUUUGCCGAUCGACACAUAAUCACACAAGUUGAAGAUUUUAUCAAGCUGUACAAAGCAGAGAUGGAUGUGCGGUUUCACCGCUACAUCGUCACGUUCGUGGCAAACAAGUACGGCCAGAUACACGAUCAUGAAGGAUUCAUUGGGUGGCUUGGAUAUUGCAGCUCCCAAGGAUUCGCGCCGGAUCCGGGCUUUACCAACGCCAUCCUGCACAACUUCAGAAAGCAAUGGAACUUCCCGUAUUGGAUCUUGAGAAAACUUUAUUGUGCUAUUCGGGACCUUGACCCCAAUUCAGUCGAUAAGGUUACCACAAGAAUUAUGCACAGCGCAGCGAUGGAAGAAGGAAACUACUCUGGUGCAAACAUGAAUCAAAGACUGGGCAUGCUGGGUGCUGCACCGAGCAAGCUUCCUUACUUCUUCAAGUCUGCAAAUGAGCGGGACGUGUUACAUGCCAUGUCCGAGGAGGUCGUCCGCAGAAGACCUGCCAAAGCUGUCACCAUUUACAAGCGGGCUGUUCGUUUCGGCAUGCCGUGGUGUCCGAAAUGUUUGCGCGUCGCGGUCGAGGCAGCACUGCAACAACAAGGCGACAAUAUUGGCACGGCUGUCGGGUUUAUCAGCGAGAUGCACGAAAAGGGCCACGAUGUUAGUUCGGCCGUUGGUACACUCAUCAAAGCUCAAAUCCAUCAAUUCCGGGGAUCGUUCGAAGAGGUCAUGGGAAACCUGCAGAUGCUGAUCACUCGGUUCGAGGCUUCCGGCGUGCUCAUAGACGCUUCAGUCCUGACCCAGGCAGCCGUUAUGUCUGCUCAAUUCAAACAAUUCGAUCGAGCUAUACACCUCUGCAAGCUUGCAAUGGAGAAGAGUGGUGCCACAAACCCUUGCUUCUCACGGCAAAGCCUUCGAGCUCUGCUCAUGGCCUAUUGGCAGACGCUCGAUACGGACGGUAUGCGUUGGCUUGUUGAGUCCUUGCUCUCAAGCCCUUUAGCAGCCGAUAAGAAAGCUCUCAAAUUGCUCAAGGACACGAGGAAGCACAUGGCGGAUUGGAAGCAAUCGACGCGGGUCCUCGAGAUCAUUGAGAUUCUGAAAAACGGUAUCGAUCACCUCAAACAACGACGCGAAAUAGAAAUCAAAGUUGGGUCCAUGAUGUACAAGGAGACCCUACGCAUAAUUAGUACCGCGGCUGGAGCUUCGGGAGACGGGCAACGAGAGCAACGUUAUCGAGACGGUAACGAUACCAGCAUCAAAGAAAUCCACAGAACGCUGACUUCUGAAACGCGAUCCCAAGCUCCCGUUGAGGCGUAUGGGUAGAUUUUGUAUAUCAUAAAUGUAGACUAUUGUUAACAGUGCAUAAAUAUGAACAUGCAACCAUUCCGCAGCAAAAAAAUCC